GAACGGUCCAAAGAGUCAAAGCAGACUCACAAAAUUGAACCAAUCAAUGGUUCGGCCCACAAAGCUUCAGCCCAAGAAGACAAUAACUCAAACCUUACAAUCCAAUCCCUAUUAUAUAAAGUAGAUUAUCUAACCCUAACACAACACCUUCGCCAGCUUUCUCCCUCUCAAAAAUCCAAAGUCUUUCAAACUCUCUUCUUCUCUCUCACCAGUCUUCUAGGGUUAGGGUUAUAAUGGGUUUUCAACUUCUCUUCUAGGUUCCAAUGGGUUCAAGCUUCUAAUCUUUCUACUCCUCUUCAGAUCACGGUUGGGAUUAGAGAUAUUAGGUUCUAGUUUUUCUUAUCUUCUUCUUACAACAGAAAACGAACCCAGAACUUGCUUCUUUCUCGGUUCAAAAACCCAGAAAAAUGAACCCAGCAAUCUCACAACCUCUCGGUUCACACAACCAAGAAACCCAGAAAUUUCUAGCUCACAAAGUCUCGGCUCACAAAACAAAACCCAGAAAAUUUGUUGCAAACUCUCGGCCAAACUUACCAAACCCAAGACCAAGAACAGGGAUAUUCAAACACAACUAAUAAAUACUUAUGUAGACAUUAAUAUUGAUUAACUAUUGUUUAAUGGGAUAAGUUUACUACAAGAGUGAUUACUCAUAUUAUUAAAGAAAGAUAUACCAUUAAACAAAGUACAGCCACUUUUAAACGCUUAGUUUGAGGAUAAAUAGGAGAAGAAGCUUUUUUAAAAAAAAGAUAAAUAACUCUGUCGAUGGGAUUAUAUAUUGAUUUUAAAUUCUUUUGUAUUUGAAAUCUAUUUUUUAUUAAUAUCUUUAAUGACCUAGAAAAAAAAGGAAAAUCUAUUCCAACACCAAGUUGAAAAAACGGGAAUAUAUAAAUAAUGGCAUAGAAGAGAAUGAAUGCGAGUGAAAGAUGCACGCACAUUUAUUUAUUAUAUAUAACUAUAAAUACAUAUAUUUAGUUAUAACAAUAACAAUGACCGGUAGAGGAAGUCUGCCUGGGAGUCUGCCUGUUGGGUACAGAUUUAGAGGAAGUCUGCCUGGGAGUCUGCCUGUUGGGUACAGAUUUAUUCCAAGCGAUGAAGAAUUAGUGGCAUUUUAUUUGGUGAAGAAGGUGUUCGACAAAAGUCUUCCACAACUUGUUGCCACUAUUAUUACAGAUAUUAGUCAACGUGAAUUUUAUAGCAAGCCACCAAAGCAAUUAGUGACAUUCUCGCCUGGGAAGGAAAGGCAGUGGUAUUUUUUCAUUUAUCACGAUGACAAUAAUUCCAGCAUGCAAAAUGAUUUGGGAUUUUGGAAAGAACAUAUAGAAGCCAUUCCUAUUAUUAUUUGCGGAAAACAGGUUGCAACGAAAAUCAUGAGAACAUACCUUUCUGGUCAUGGUCUGAAGGCUAAGAAAACUCAUUGGGAAAUGGAGGAAUAUCAACUAUGCCAGGCUAAGGACAUUGAUCAGAUCGAAAGUGCAUAUGGCAAAUUGGAGAGUGAUCAAAGUGGAAAAGUAGGGCAUAUAGAAAACAAAUUGGAGAACAAUCAUGACAGAAACGCAAGAAGCAUAGAUAACACGUUGGAGAACGAGCAUAAUAGAGAUAAUAGCAAUGUAGACGACGAAUUGGAGGACAACCAUAACAGAGAUGAAAGUACUUCAGGGUGCGAAUCGGAGAACCAUGACCUGCAUAACAGAGAUGAAAGAAUUGAAGUUGAUGAAAUGGAUAUUUGGAAAAGUGAAAGAGAAAAUGAAAAUGUCAAACUAGACAAUGUUGAAGAUGAAAUGAGAAAGGGGUUAGUCCAAAUUGAUAAAUGGACGUUGGUAAAAUUGAAGAGAGGAAAGGAUUACAAGAGUUCCUUUUAGUUUGAAUGUUUAGUGGGUAAUAAAGAUUGGAUUAGUUGGAGGGAAUUACAUUUUAUCGGGAGAGUUCCUAUUAGGUUGCAGUGGCAGUGAUGGAGAUGGUGAUGCUUAAAACACUUGGGAAUGAUUAACUAUUUUUAUGAUAGUUAUUAAAUCAGAACAUGUGAGAAUUAAUAUAGUGAUAGCAUACUUCGUGGUAGUGUUGCUGUGCACUAGUUUAUUUGGCAUGUGAUAGCUAUAUAUCCACAAUGCCAAACCAUAUGUGAUGCAAAAAGAUAUAUACAUAUUUUUAUUUUUAUAUAUAUAUAUAUAUAGGAAAU